UACAGCUUUUAUGCUCAAAGCCACCUCGAGCACGAUCGCGUAAAGUGAAACGACGAAACUGCAACACUGAGAUUCCUCACUCUCAACAACAUGGCGGACCACGACUCGGAUGAGAAGCCUCAGUGUAUCCACGUCCACCCAGAAAAGGCUCUCGACUUCGCAACGGCCUUGCUUCGCAGCCAUGGAAUGUCACUCCACGAUGCGCAAAUCGUGGCAGAGUGCCUUGUUGCAGCAGACCUGCGAGGAGUCGACACGCACGGGAUCAAUCGCCUACCAUCAUACGUGGAAAGAAUCCGAAAAGGCCUCAAUGACCCCACGGCCGAGCCAGUCCUGUCAUCCAUCACCCCGGUAGUAGCGGCCGUAGACGGCAAGAAUGCAUUCGGGUUUAUUAGCGCCAAACUCGGCAUGGCCAAAGCUAUUGAAAUGGCUGAGACUUACGGCAUCGCCAUGGUCAGCAUCAAGCACUCAAAUCAUUUCGGCAUGUCAGCCUGGCUAGUGCAACAAGCCAUAGACGCAAACAUGAUGAGUCUCGUAUUCACAAAUUCUUCCCCUGCUCUACCCGUAUGGGGCGGUCGCGAGAAACUCAUGGGCGUCUCUCCAAUCGCCUGUGGUGCACCUGGAGAACCACCCUUCAUCUUGGACAUGGCACCUUCGGUCGCGGCUCGUGGUAAAAUCUACAAAGCUAAGCGGCGAGGAGAGAAGAUCCCUCGCGACUGGGCAUUAGACGCGGAAGGCCGGAGCACUGACGACCCAGCUGCAGCUCUUGAAGGAGUCAUGCUGCCUAUGGGAGGACCAAAAGGCUCCGCACUCGCUAUCAUGAUGGACGUCUUCUCGGGUGUGCUUUCUGGCUCUGCCUUUGCUGAAGACGUCACAGGACCCUACGACUUCUCCAAGACUGCUAACGUCGGGCGUUUCCUGGCAGCAAUCAAGCCAGACCUCUUCAUGGACCUUACAGAGUUCAAGUCACGAAUGAAGUACUUUUAUGACAGAGUGGUGGGCUCGAAAAGAAUGGAGGGCGUGGACAGAAUUUACUUCCCCGGCGAGAUCGAACAGAUCAAUGAAGCGAAAAGGCGCAAGACGGGCAUCCCGUUUGCACAAGCAGAAAUCGAUGCUCUAAACAGAGAGGCAGAACUUCAAGGUACUUCCGCCUUGCAUUAGUGAUACACCACAAUCCAUGCUCUGCUCUGCUUGCAUGCAAUAUGCUGCCCAUCU